GCCUAUUCAAACCCCUCCACCGCCACCCCAAUCCGAUCCGUGUUUGAUUUCAUGUAUCAUGAUGCUUGCGGAGGAUUUUCUUGCUCGAUCUGGAUAUGCACAAAACCUUGUCUGAAGGAAUUUAGAUUAGGAAAUGAUGAUUCUUGCGUCUUUGGUUCGGCAGGGAGAAUGCUUUUCAGAUUUUGGGGUUCAGUUUGUGCAAACUGGAGGUCUAGGAGUUGAUUUUUCUAAUGAUUCAAGAGCAAAUGCAUAUCAGAAGAGGACUUUUGUGUAUCGUUUCUAUGUUUGUUUGUUCUGGUAUGGGAGCAACAUGUGAGGCGAAGAAGAAGAUCACAGAAGAUGAUUUACUGGACAGUCUAAUCAAAUAUGGACUGAUAAAUCGUGAACAGGCUGAGCUAAUAUGGUUAAACUGUAGGAUAGAGUUGUUCCAUGCCAAGAAAGCUGUAGAAGAUUUUGAGUUUAAUGUCCAAGUACGUAAGUAUAAAUGGAGCAUGGGAGUAGUUUCUAAUGGCAAACCAUCUAUGAGAGAAAUGCAAAAAUUUUCAAAUACCUUACACCCAUUGGUCGAACAACCCCUUCUGGAUUGCUUAAGGAAGAAAAAUCUCAUGUUUAUUGUCUAUGGAGAGGAAAGUGUUUCAAGACCUUGGUAUAGCAGGUGCUUCGACUUCUUAUACGCUAGGCCUAAUUGUGUUCGUAAACAACAAGUGUUGACUCAAACCUUUGAAGAAAAAAAAUUGCACGCUAGUCCUCCAGUGCAGCCUUUUGUUCCACGGAAACUCGGUGAUGCAAGUGUUAAACAUUCUAAAAUAAGUUUAAACUCAACUGCAAAAGCAUCAUCAAUCAAGAAAAUUGGUAAAAGUAAAAAACCAAGUAGUGCUUCUGUAGCCGUGCCUGCUGGAGCGACAUUUGUUAUUGUUGUUUUGCUGUCUAUAUGCUGUAUUAAGAUUCGUAGGAGUGGAUCCGGAAAUGGGCAGACUGAUAAGAGGCCCCUCCUGAGCUUAAGCUUAAGUGACCAUUCUGUAGCAUCCUCACAGAAGUCGUUCUCUUUGGAUAGCUCAUUAAAUAACAGAAAGAGUGCAUUCGACGACAACUUCCAUGAUAAAAUGAGCUGUAAUUUAUUCAUGGAACCACACACACUCAGUAACUCUAGAAUAGAGAUUCCAGUGGGACAUGGUUUGUCCCCUGCCACAGUGAUAGAUGGUUCUGUUCUGGUAGAAUCUGGAAAGUCUGGCAUAGCUGGAUUGCCUCCCUUGAAGCCGCCACCUGGUAGGGUAGUUCUGCCACCUCCUCCUGUCACUAUAGCUCCCCUAGCACCAACCCCUCCACCCCCUCCUCCACCUAAAGCUGCACCUCCUCCUCCUCCUCCUCGAGGGCCAUCUUUUGGUGGACGACCUCCUCCCCCACCCGGACCACCUCCACCAGGAAUACGUUGUGGUGCCAAAGCUGGUCCUCGUCCCCCGCCACCUCCAGGGAGUGGUGUUCCGCCUCCAUGUUCCGCUAUCCCCGCCCCUAUAAAUGGAAUGAGGCCUCCUCGGGCACCCGCUGGACAAAAUUAUGAAGAUGAUGGUCAUAAAACUAAGCUGAAGCCUUUCUUUUGGGACAAGGUUCUGGCCAACCCUGAUAAUUCUAUGGUUUGGCAUCAGAUAAAAUCAGGAUCGUUCCAGUUUAAUGAAGAGAUGAUAGAGACAUUGUUUGGUUAUGCUGCUCAAGAUAAAAACAAGAAUGGAACAAAGAAAGAUCCCUCAGAUGCUUCAACUCAAUAUAUUCAAAUUAUUGAUCAUAAGAAGGCACAGAACUUGUCAAUUCUCUUAAAAGCUUUGAAUGUGACUACAGAAGAAGUUUGUGAUGCUCUUAAAGAAGGAAAUGAGCUUCCAGCAGAGCUACUCCAGACUUUGCUGAAGAUGGCACCAACUGCUGAUGAGGAGUUGAAGCUGAGGCUCUAUAAUGGUGACCCUUUACAACUUGGAUUUGCAGAACGGUUUUUGAAGGUCUUAGUGGACAUUCCAUUUGCAUAUAAGAGGCUUGAAACAUUGCAUUUUAUGUGCACUCUUCAGGAGGAUGCAACAAUGGUUAAAGAGUCAUUUGAAACCUUAGAGGCUGCGUGCACCAAACUCCGGAAAAGUAGGCUGUUCCUUAAACUCCUUGAGGCCGUUCUGAAAACUGGGAAUCGAAUGAAUUCUGGAACAUACCGUGGUGGUGCACAAGCUUUCAAACUUGACACGCUUCUAAAGCUAUCUGAUGUGAAGGGAAAGGAUGGGAAGACAACCCUUCUGCACUUUGUUGUUCGGGAGAUAAUCCGGUUGGAAGGUUUACGGGCUGCCUGUGCAUCCAGGGAACUGAGGAGCAUAUCAAGCAUCAAGUCUGAUGAUCUCUCACUAGAUUCUCCACAAGAUUCAGAAGAGCAUAUUCUCAGUCUUGGUCUAGAUGUCGUGUCAGGUCUGGGCAGCGAGCUUGAGCAUGUCAAGAGAGCUGCACUCAUAGACGCAGAUAACUUAACAGGAACAGUUGCUAAGCUUGCGGAUGCAGUACUGAACGCCAAGAAAUUUCUAAGUUCAGAAAUGAAGAAUUUGGAUGACAAUGAAGAUGGGUUUCUUGAGACACUAGAGAAUUUUAUGCAGAGCGCCGAGGGGGAAGUGAAGGAGUUACUUGAACAAGAGAAGCUCAUCAUGUCUCUAGUGAAGAGCACUGGCGAUUACUUCCAUGGAAAUGCAGGGAGGGAUGAAGGUUUGCGUUUGUUUGUUAUAGUUCGCGAUUUUUUGGUGAUACUCGAUAAGGUAUGCACGGAGGUAAGAGCUACCCAGAUUAAAACUAAUAAUAGAUAUACAAAGCCCGAUGUUGCCCCUUCAGAAUCACUUUCGUCUCAUGAUCUUCAAGAAAAGCUUCAUCCUGGAAUCAGUGAAAGAAGAAGGGUCGAUGAUAGUUCAAGUUCAAGUUCUGAUGAUGAAGAAUGAGGUGUGCUUGUAGUAUAGCAAAUAUUUACCUUGAUAUGGUUUUGGCUUAGCGCAGUACGUAUUAGAAACGUGUUUGAGAGCCAUUGCCAAAUACAACUCCAUCUAAAGUAAUACUCAGUUUUCCUUGGCUGAUACAAGCACUGUGCGAAGGGUAACAGACAGGGUUGAGCGACGUAGUUAUAAAAGGUAAAGACUAAAUUAUACUCACUUUUUGCUUACUAGUUUAUACAUACUCACUUUUUGCUCUGUCUUAUAAUUCUUGAACAAAAGGGCUGAGCUGGACGUAGUUAUAAGGUGCUAAUUCGUUGUAAAUGUGAUGAUGGUAGGGAUAGAUUGAUGUAGCUUUGUAGUCCAUUCAUCUGUAAAUAGACUAGAGUUUUCUCGUGU